AUUUUACAGUAACAAAAAAAAAAAACGCCCACUAAAAUAUUAUUGGCAAAUUAGUUAUCAAUUAUGUCUUAUCAAAUAAAACUAGCAACCAAACAUACAUUGGCUAUUUACUGAGUACAAAGCCACAUGUGCUCCAUGAACAUUAAGUCAAUCUAGCAUUCUGUUCCAAAAUAAAAAUAACUCGGCGUCUUUGGUGCGGUAACCUCUCGCCGUUUUGACUUUUUGGACCUCGUUUACUUGUCCAAGUUGAUAAUGCCCUCGGCGAUAAUGGAGUGCAGCGAUUUUAGUGAAUUUCAAGUAAUAACCUGCUAAAAUGAGAUGCUUUAAAGAAUAUGAGAAGAGUAGAUGAUCUCAUUGUAAACACUCUAAACACCACAAUUCCAACUGAUUCUUUCCAUGCUGACUCAACUAAAGCCUGCAAAGAACUACAGAAUCAAAUUCAAGAAGGUAAUGCAUCCAGGGAAAAAGCAAUCAAGAACUGUAUCACAUUAUCAGCUGAGCGAGUGAAAAAGUACAGGGAGCAAAAAGAGACUGAUAGCAAUGAUAUUCAACUUUCUAAAAAUCUUAGGGCUGAACAAACAAAAUUAAGAAUGUUGCAAGUUGAACUUAGUGUUGAGGAACUAGUCAGACAAAGAACUGCCAAGGUGUUCACUGAAAGAUGCAGGAAAUUCUUAAGGGAAUGAAGGAUUUACUUCUGCUCAAAGGUAGUAACAAAUUGCAACCAUUUCCCCCACACAAUUUACAAUUAGAAAUGGGGACUUUAUAUUUGUACAUGUUUGAUAAUUGUUUCUAUUGGUUGAAAAUAAAAUAGCAAUAUAUAGAUACAA